AUGGAAAGGAAAGAGACUAUACUUUCUUCUCUAAUGUACAUGAGAUGUACUCGAGAUUGGACUAUAUAUUGGUUGACAAUCAACUUAUCGAGAGGGUGGCUAAAGUUGAAAUUGAAGCAAUGACUCUCUCAGAUCAUAUCCCUGUUAAAAUGAAAUUGGGAUGGGGGAAGAGGUUGACAGGAGGUAUAGGAUGGAAGUUGAACGAGGCUCUUCUCCUGGAUCAGGAGAUCGACCAGAGGAUUAGGGAAGAGAUCGAAAGAUUCUUCCAGGAGAAUGAGACAGGGGAAGUGUCGGUGGCUACGGUAUGGGAGUCCCAUAAGGCCUACAUAAGAGGUAUAUUGAUCGCGUCCGCGGCAAAAAAGAAAAGGGAGAGAAGAGAGAAACUUACUGGGUUGUUAAAAGAAAUAUUUGACCUGGAGCAGAUACAUAAAAAUAGCAUAAGAAAAGAGAUAACACAGAAGAUAACAAAAUAGAAAGAAGAACUAGAAAUACUGAUGGAAGAAGAGAGGAGAAGAGUCUUCAAUAAAGUAGCAAGUGAGAGGUAUAGAUGGGGAGAUAGACCA